AUGGGGGGACGUCGGCUUGGAAUGGCGACGGUGGCUGCGCUCGCGGUGGCGGCCUCCCUCCUGGGCCCCUCGGUCGCUUUCGUCAACAAGACCGUCUCCUCCCACGACAUCGUCAUCUUCUCCAAGUCGCACUGCUCCUGCAUGGACUGGAAGAACAUGCAAUGUUGUUUCUUGUUCUUGGUGUGGUCCUCCUGGCAAUCCUAAGUUCUGGAGCUCUUCUCGUUGCUGGGCAUCUGCCAAUGAGUCGAACAUUAUUAUCUACGACAAGCAUAUUGUUCGUGCGGUGGACUUCCACCUUCCUUACUCUGUGCUGUCGAAGGGCGAAAGCUGUCUUUAAGGAAUCGAAAAAAGCGCCUUCUGUUGUGGAGCUGGAUCAGUGUGAGGAUGGAUCUCAAAUUCAGGAUGCCUUGUCUGGGAUGGUCGGGAAGCAUACAGUGCCUCAAGUAUUUAUCCAUGGAAAGCACUUGGGUGGCUCUGAUGAUAUUGUUGAAGCAUAUGAAAGUGGAAGGAUUCUGACUCUUCUGGGCAUUGACUCAAAAGAUAAAUCUUUAAAUGAUUUAUCUCUCAUUCAUCAAUCAGUCAGGGUAUGGAUGAGUUAAAUCUUGUUGAUGGUGUAUCUGGAUAGUGUUGCAAACAGGUUUAGGUGUGAGUGCAUUUGUAAUGCUAGUAUCGGUCAGUAUCUUUGGAUAAUAUUUCUUGUGGUUAUCCUUUAACAUAUCAUGAUAGUGAAUAAACUAUGGAUUACUUGCAUGUUUGCAUUACCAUAUACAAAUCAUAGAACUCAAACAGUCCACUUGUGGUUUUAGAAAUCUUCUGGU